UAGAAGAAGGAAAUAAAUCCAUGACUCCUCGAUCUUCUGCUUCACUCUCUCUUCUCUCAGGGAGUGCGCUGCUGGAGGAGUUCGAGUCCGGUGGUGUGACCCCUUUCUGCUGGUGGAAGUGGAGAAGGGACGGUAAGCCCGAGAUCGAGGUAGCUCCGGCGAGAUCCAUGGUGGCCGCCAUCCCGCCUGCCACCGCCGCCGCCUCCCGGCGCGACCCUUCGAACCGCAAGAACCCUUCUCCACCCCGCCAUCGCAACGAUCCCCAGAACCCCCGCCGCCCGCCGCUUGUCCCCUCGGAGAAGGACAAUGCCGUCUCCGUCACCGACGCAACAGCUGGCGGCCCUGCCCCUAGGCGGCCUCGCUCCAGGGAGAUCUCAUCUCGGUACCUCUCGUCGUCGUCUUCCUCUUCUUCGACCUCCACCUCCUACUCCACCGCCACCACCUUAUCUUCUUCCGGCUCCCGACGCUUCCCGUCGCCUCUCGUGACGCCACGGCCAUCGACGCCGCCGACAUUGUCCCAAUCUGCGGCCCAAAAGCGAUCCCACUCCGUCGAUCGUGUCCGGCCUUUGACGCCACGCCCCGAUCCCUGCCCCGCCUCGGCUGAACCGUCUGCGGCAGCUCGAGCACUCUGCACCAUGACUCGGAGUCUCUCGGUCUCGUUCCAGGGCGAAUCCUUCUUCUACCAGACCAGCCACGCCAAGACCGCCUCCCCUAGCCCAGCUCGGAAGCCUAGCCCUGAGCGACGGCGAGUUAGUGCGGUGGCUGCAACACCAGCGAGGGCUGGAGAUCACUCGGAGAACAAGAGGCCCUCGGACAAUCACCGCCUGUGGCCUGGAGCGAGACAUCGAGCGUCGAAUCCGUUGAUGAGGAGCUUGGAUUGCUCCUUGGGGCAGAACGACUCGAUCUUGGCCACCGUCCGGUUGAUGCAACAGUCACUGGUGUUCGACGAUGGCACACGGAGGGCGUCGUUUGAUGGGGCCGAUCUCUCCGCUUCCUCUGACACUGAUAGCAUGUCAUCAGGGAGCAAUUCGGCGGUUCCGGAGCUCCGCAUGGCCCCAAGGUCAAAGGUCGCUCCUCGAGGAAUCAGUGUGCCGGCGAGAUUUUGGCAGGAGAACAAUAGCCGGCUGCGCCAGUUGCCAGACUCGGGAUCGCUGCCAUCUUCUUCAGGUUCAAGUCCCAUGGUCCACCGGCAGCAGGGCUUGGUGAAGAAAUUACCGGUUGACUGCCCGUCACCGUCUCCAAGGUUGGCUCCUUCGCCACUCCGUGGACCCAUCAGACCAUCUUCACCUGAUAAGCACAUGGCUUCUCCAUCAAGGGGAAUGGUUAGUCCUUUGAGGGCAAGGAGUGGUAGGACCCCGACUUCAUCUCCAGUUAGUCAGCCAGCCAAUGCACCUUCAAUUAUAAGCUUUGCUGCUGAAGUGAGGAGGGCGAAAAAAGGAGAGAAUCGAAUUGAAGAGGCACACCUAUUGAGGCUGUUCGAUAACCAACACUUGCAAUGGCGGUUUGUAAAUGCAAGGGCCAGUGCAGCAUCGCUGUGGCAUAAGGUGACUGCAGAGAAACAUAUAUAUAAUGUAUGGGCUGCAACCUCAAAAUUGCGUGAUUCUGUCACUUUUAAGAGGACCAAGUUACGACUUCUUACGCAAAAUCUGAAGCUAAAAUCUGUUCUUCAUGAGCAAAUGACCUAUCUGGAGGAGUGGUCUCUCAUGCAUAGCAACCAUUCAAGCUCAUUAUCUGGAGCUAUUGAUGCAUUAAAUGCUACAACUCUCCGUCUUCCUGUUGUUGGUGGAGUAAAGGCAGACAUCCAGGAAAUGAAAUAUGCUGUUGGGUCAGCCGUAGAAGUGAUGCAGGCAAUGGGAUCCUCAAUAUUCUUUCUUUUGUCAAAGGUAGAAGGGACAAGUUCUGUGAUUUCUGAAAUUACUAAAGUGGCUGCGGAAGAGCGUUUGUUACUUGAAAAAUCCAGAGAUCUCUUGUCCACAGUUGCAGCUAUGCAUGUGACACAAUGUAGCCUACAAAGUCAUGUGAUACAACUAAAACAAAAGGCCAGCCCAACAUAACUGUAGAACAAGAUGACAAAAGGCCGAUUCCUUGUGUUUUCUUUGAUCACUAACACCAAACCGAAGGCUUUUGUUUCUAACUGAAGAUUGUGUGCACUCACCCUGGUAGCCUGGUCGCUAAGCAUCCAGGAGGCUGCCAUUUUGUUGGGGUUUCAAUUCCCAGUUGCACACAGUGUGCUGGUGUGAGACCUUAGUCCAUUCGGAAAAGGAAAACCGAAGAUUAUGCCAAACGUAAUAACGAACAACUGGUUUUGUUGGGUGCAAAGCCAGUGCCUAAAUCCUUCCUGCUCAUAUUUCUACAGCAGUUGGUUUAUGUGUUUUUUGUAUGCAUACUACCACAUGUUGUCCUUUUUCCCCUCGGGGAUUACCUUGUUUUAUACAAAAAUAUGUUCUCUUAUGCUAGUCAAUUUGAAGCUUAUGUACAUAUGUAUUCUAAUGAAUCUUUUCUUUUUGUUCUUUGUUUAAGACGUUACCAGGCAUUGACCUGUUGAAUUUGUUUACUGUAAAAAGCAAGCAAUAAAUUGUAUGUAUUAGGAGUGCA